CAACACCCCUCUGUCGUUCUCCUCCAAAGUUUGUUAUAUAAAGUACCGAGACCCCUCAAGUGUUGGUGUGGCGCAACAUCUCACCAACACUGUUUUUAUUGACAGAGCUUUGAUAGUGGUUCCCUGCGCAGAAGAUGACUAGACUGGCCCAGCUGUUACACUACACUAGCCUGAGUCAGGCAUUGUUUUCCAAGCCACUAUCCCCGAUCGGGCCAACGCAGCCUUCAAGGGGGGGAUGUGACCCGGAGAAUAGCCCGCAGAACCUUCCAAGAUGGACACCUUGUCUCUUUUUUUUUUUUUUUUUUUUAAACUUUAUAUUUGUUUUCGGUUUGUUUCCUUUUCAUACUAUCCCAUGUUGUCCACUCUCCACUGUCUCUAUCUAGAAACUUGCAGGUUGUGUUUAUAUUUGUUAUUUUUUGUUUGUUAUUUUGAUUAUUGUCCAACCCCCCCAAUCCCUUCUCUCUUUCCGCUACAGCUGGAGCUUGUGUGUGGUUGAAUUCAGUCCAGGUUGCUACGGCACACCGGUGGGAUGUGUGCCACACAAAAGAUGCUAUGAGGAUCACUAACUCUUUUGUUCUCUUGUCUUCUACGUCUAUUGACGUAGUGAAGGGCUAGUCUGUGUGGAAAAAGUGAGCCUCAGUAACAAAUCAUAUAUAUAUAUAUCUUUCUUUCAAAUUAUCUGUGCACUUAUUCAUCUACUUGACACUGAACUAAGAAGGCAACAUUUAGUACUUUUUCCUCACAUUACUUCAGUACCGCUCUGAUGUGAAUGUUUAGUAAUGACACAGAACUGAUCAGUGUAGCAUCAUUCUCUCUUUGUAAUGCAUUAAUACAUUACUCUGUUCAUGUUUUGCUUAACAAAGAUGGUUGUUUGCCCCUUUAAUGCUGAAUUCCCUCUAGCUCUAGGUCAAAAUUGCACGGUGCCUUGCAAUAUUAUUCACAAAAUUGUUCUAAUUUUGUCUCGAUCCAACCACAAACUUUGAUGUGGGUUUUUUGGGGGGGAUUAUAUGUGCUAGGCUAAAGGUCUGCAAUGUGAGGAUCCGGAGCCUCAAGUGACUCUUUGGACGUUCCACAUCGGCUCCUAUUACCUUCCAGUAAAAAUAAUUAAGAACCAACUAAUGUUUUUGAAUUUUACUAUAUAAUAAUUGUUGUUUUUUUUAGUAUUAAUUCAUCUUUUGACAUGCAUUAAUUGCACUAAAUUCCUAACGCAGAAGAUGAUUUUUAGAUUUGUUUUUUCUUUUUCUUUUUUUACUUUUGGUUUAAAACACUAAAUGUAUAUAAAGUUUAAUUUUUUUUGUAUUUUUUCCAAACCAAAUAAUAGAAAUAAAACAGUGGUUCUAUAAAAAAUUACAACAAAAUUCCUAUAGCAGGUUUUUGUCUUUUUUUUCCCCGGACACAUACCAUUUGUGUCUCUAAACGAGCUUUAUUUCAGGGCCACAAAAUGGCUCUUUGGAUCGUAAAGGUCGCAGGCCCCAGUGCUAGACCAACAUAAUGCGGUCCAGCACACUUUACUCUGUGUCCGUCGGUCACAUAAAGUCCCAGUGGAGCAGGGUUGAGUUUGUGGCUGUGACAUGAGGAAAUGUGGGAAAGUUGAAGGGUUGUGAAUCUAUUUGCAAGGCACCGUUUAAAACUUUUAAAUCUUCCUCCUGAGAGAGAAAGGAAGAAUAUUAUUAUCCACAGUGGAGUGAGCACAAGUCCUAAUUGGUUGUUUUAUUGACCUCUUAGCAUUUCCAAAGUUCUUAAAACUGUUGUUCUUUUCUGUAUCUGAUGUUCUGUGUGCUAUUAGUGAUGCAGCCAUUGGGGGUUGUCUUGUGUUGCACACCUUUCCAACACUGCGAAACGAUCGCCCCCCCACUCCCCCCGCGGAAAAGCGUCCAUGCUUGAUAUCGUAUGGUUCAUGACCAAUAUGUUUCCAGUACAGGGAAGAUCCCAGAGGAGGCCAAGGCUCUGUCGCUGUUGGCACCUGCCGCCCCGGUACCCAGUCUGAUUCCAGGCGGAGGAUUGCUGCCGAUUCCCACUCCGGCUCCACUUCAGAACCUGAACCUCCCUCUAGUGAAUCGGAUCACAGCGGGCCUCGACGCCACAGCCUCUGCGCUCGCUCAGCCUCCCCUCAUCGGCAAUGUCGACCCGACGAAAAUCGAUGAGAUUAGGAGGACGGUUUAUGUUGGAAACCUAAACUCACAGACCACCACUGCAGAGCAGCUGCUGGAGUUCUUCAAGCAGGUGGGAGACGUGAAGUUUGUCCGGAUGGCCGGAGACGAGACUCAGCCGACCCGCUUCGCCUUCGUAGAGUUUGUGGAGCAGGACUCCGUGGCCAGAGCCCUCACUUUAAACGGAGUCAUGUUUGGAGACAGACCCCUGAAGGUCAAUCAUUCCAAUAAUGCCAUUGUUAAGCCCCCUGAGAUGACGCCACAGGCUGCUGCUAAGGAGCUGGAAAGUGUGAUGAAGAGGGUGAGGGAGGCCCAGUCCACCAUUGCUGCUGCCAUAGAACCAGCAGAGACCGAGCAGCGUUCCUCUAGCCGCUCCCAAAGGUCACGGCGGUCCCGUUCCCGGACGCGCUCUCGUUCCCACUCGAGAUCACGGAGGAAAAGGUCCCGCUCCAAACACAGACAAACACAAAGGUCUUUUCCUGGCGGUGACGCCCACAGUUCAAGGAGCGGCCACAAGAGGCGCUCUCGUUCCAGAGACAAGAGACAUGCCAGGAGUCGCUCCAGAGGCCACAAAAGGAGGAGCAAAGAUCGGUCCAGAAGCCCUCGAAGGAAAGCGAGAUCACCUUCACCAAAACGAAGUAAACGGGAGAAGAAGAGGGAGCGCAGCAGAGACAGGAAGGAGCGCUCCACGUCCAGGAAGAGAAGCCGCAAAGAUGAGGAGCGGAUAAAGAGCAAAUCCAAGACAACCAAGCAGGACUACAAAAGGGAAGAAAAGGCGGCGUAUGGGAGCGACAGAGAAGGCUCAGCCACGCCAAGUGACAACAUGACAUCAUCACUGCGCGCCCAGCACAACGGCACCUACAAAACCCACAGAGGGGAGGCCGCGUUUCUGGGCCGCAACGCGACCAAGUGAACAGCCGCCGCUCGCGUCUCCCUCGUCCCGUCGCGCGCGUCAUCUCCCACCACUUGUCGCCUCAUCACGAGUGUCUUCCGUUCCGCGUUACGAACUCCCGCUUCUAACCCGAGGAUUCUGACGGCGAGCUCAUUUUCCUGCCUGGAGGACAGGAGAGACGGUGCUUCAACACGACCUUCCAGGGUGAAAGCACGUCGGCGUCAUCCCGACGGCGGCGCUUGUUUCAAAGCAGUUCCGACGGACUACGCGAUGUCGCAGAAAGAAAAACGAAACCCUGGUCAAAGCUGCUGAGAUCGACCAACGCGUUUGGAAACCUGGAGCCAACCGAAGAGUGGGUCGGGCCGCGGUCAACAUUAUUUGGUAAAACUUCAUUAAUGCCUCUCAGACUUGCAGUGUUUUGUCAUGUUCCAGUACAUCAACCCUUCCCUCAAAAUAAAUUCCUCCUCAGUAACGGAGUAAAAAUACUAAUUAUGAAAAUAGGAAACGUGAUCUAAUUGUUUUUAUAUAAGCCAACAUUUGGUUAGAAACAGUGUUACCCUGGUAACAGUGAUGGCUGGAUCUCAUCUAGUUUCCCAAUCGUUUUUCUUUCAAUGUUUACAAGAAUCCAAACUGCUAUUUUUUUCAAAGUAUUAAAAAAAAACAAAAAAAAACUUGUGGUUUUUUUUCAGCCAGCUGACUGGCAGUGUACAGGACUAUCGCUCUAAGCUCCAAACACUGUUAGGAAACUUUGAGCGGUGAUAUUUGAAAGCCAUUUUGUACCUUGAUGGCAGUAACCAGCCCGUGCUUACUUCUCAGAACCACGUGUGCAGCAGGAAUCUGCUUAAGUCAUAAAAACUGUAUAUCGAUUAUUGUCUUAAUUAUUUAUUUAGUCAAUAAAUGUGAGUGGGAUCAUAAAGGGGCAAGAGGUAUUUUGAUAUAAGAAAAACAAAAAAGAAAACAAAAAACUUUUAUAUCUGCAACUACAAAAACUGGAUCAAUUUGGUCAACCAAAACAAUAAAAAUAUUUAGUUUUUUUGUGUGUUUUUGGCCUUUAUAAUAUAUAGUUUUAAUUAGAAUCAAUAGCGAGUAGUUUCACCAGAACUGUUGCUAUAUAUUGUGUGUUGUGUCAAAUAUUUGUCAGGAAUCCAUAUAUGAAUUUUAAAGCUACUAAAUUAAAAAACAAAUCCAUUGACAUUAACAACUUUAAUCUCAUUUCAGUUGAUAUUUCUUUUUUUUUAAGUGAUUAUUUAAAGGUGAGAAGGGAAAGAAUGGUUUGAUCCAGAACUUUUCUAAGCGCAACAAACGAAAAGGAUGUGCAAAAUUGAAAAAUACAAAAAAACAACCAAAAACUUAAUUUCACUAAAAACG